AGUGAUCGUUAGAGUGACCUACGUAGUGCCGCGAUAUUUUUUUGCUUACCAGGUUUUUGUGUUCCAAAGCUUCUUGCUUAAGCGUUAGUUCGAAUAAGAUAAAAAACAUAGCUGAUUCCAAGAGCAACUGCUAGUCAAUUUAACGCAUGUCAAAAAGUUAACAUUCUCGUUAAAACCUCAAUUUACACAUCACUAACAGUAGUCUGAAAACCCAAACAAUUAGCUGGUAAAUAAGUUGUAUAUUUAUACCCUAAUAUUAGUUUGGUGGUGUCUAGGUUAUGUUGCUCAUAACGUAUCAUAAUUUCAUAAAUGUCAUUACUCGACUCAUUUAUUUUCGAAGUGUACACUCGAUGUUCGUCUUUUUCAUAAUCUUUGUGUUAUCUUAUCCUGCUUUCCAUCCAACUAUCAUUUUCCUUCGAUCGUCCGUAUUAUUUGGCAAUUUUGUUCACAUCUGCAACGUAGCAAGUCGAGUGCUAUGAAGGAUUGAUUUGGUGUACUUAUUUAGCGUAAUAUGAUUAUUAUCAUUAAAGUUUUACUUUAAAUUAUGUACGAGUCUAGACUAUAAUUUAUGGACGAACCGGUCAUAUUUACGAUAAAAAUCUCUGAAUUUUGGCACGAAAUCAGUUCAUCUAUUUAACUAACUACCAUUUCGGCAUUACAAACAAUGUCAGUUUGUAGUGAAAACACUAAAUAUAAUUUUUGACUAUCAACUCUAAAUAAUAAUCCUAAUCCCUUAUACUGGUUCAUAACCCUAGUUUGACCGUAGUAUGUACGUGACCAUAAAUUAUGGUCUGACCGUGUAAAAUUCAGUGAAUGUUAAAUUGUACGAAAGUUCCAUGAUCAAAACUUUAUUCAAUAUGCUAUUUUAAUCUAUGUACUAAGUGUGAUGUACAGUGUACUUUUCUCUUUCGAAGUUACGGUGCUCUAUCAAAUAGUUUUCUUCAGGAAUUAAUUGUGUCGGAAGGUUUCGAAACUUAACUUCAACCUUUUUUGUGAUGUGUGAAGACUAUCAGACAGUGUGAACAUAAGUACUGUGUCGAUAAAAGUCCACUACAAAGUUAGCUUUGAAUUGCUUUUUACAUCAGUCUUUUGAAUUACGUUAUUUUAUAUUCUCCUACCGUAUUUUUGAUUCGAUUAUCUUCUUAAUGCUAUACUUUUCUUCCUUAGGUAUUUGUGUUCUAACGUCCUGGCUCAUAAUCUUCAAAUUAAACGUUGCCAUCAUGCCGUCGAUUGUGAAUUAUCGUAUAACUAGCUCAUUUACUAUAAUUGCGUCAAUGUUAAGUUCUAUAAUGCCCGGUUUAGCCUUCGGUUUUUCUUCGGCAAUCACUCUCCAAGUAUACGUUACGGCCUCAAAAUCUGCGAUUUUUGCCAGUUCAUUGAACAUUGGUGGUCUUUUAGGUGGGUUGCUAUCAGCGCAUAUGUUGUCAACUGCUGGAAGACGUUUUACUCUUUUGGUAUCUUGUAUUCCUACUGUGUUAGGCUGGUUAUGGAUGUAUCUCUGUGCUGACGUAAUAUAUCAAAAUGCCUUCCCAACAAAUCUAUUUAUUUUUGGUCGUCUUUUAACUGGAUUUGGGGCGGGAUUAUGUAUUCCAUCUUCUGCCACAUAUAUGUUAGAAAUAUCUCCCACUAAAAUUCGUGGUAUAGUUGGUUCAUUACCUCAAGUUGGAAUAGUCGCUGGGAUUUGUAUAUCUUUUUACAUGGCUAUGUUUAAGCUUUGGGAACAAAUCGCUCUCAUAAAUUCCAUUUUCUCCAGUGUCGUACUAGUUCUCGUAUGGCUUCUCCCAGAAUCUCCAAAAUGGCUUCGAAAAGCUGGCCGUAUUCACGAAGCUAACAAUGUUAGCAUACAGUUGUUUGGGACAGUCAGUGAACAUUCUAUGGAUACGAUCAAUUUAAAUGAAAAUAUAACCAAUAAUGAAACAAAAUGGCACUCAUUAUGGCCUUAUGUCUUUCCAUGUUCAAUUGUUCCGUCAAGUCAACAACCUCAAUUACGAAUGGCUAUAGCCCUCAUGAUAUUUCAACAGUUAACCGGUGUAAAUGCUAUCCUCUUUUUUGCUGAAUCAGUUUGUCUCAUUGGAAAUGCAAAAUCACCUCCUGCUUGUGCCUUCUCUAUAGGCUUUUUUCAAAUGAUAUUCACUAUUUUAGCAGCUUUUGUUAUCAAUCACAUGCGUCGAAAAACAUUACUUCAGUUUAGUGCCUUUAUCAUGGUUAUAGCGUUACUGGCCUAUAGCAUUACAAUUUCUAGUUUUUCAUACAGUACUAAACUUGGUGAGUUUUGGAUUAUUUUAUUUAUGUUUGGUUAUUCAUUUGGCUGGGGACCAUUACCAGUACUUGUUAGCAUGGAAUUGUUUCCAGUUAGUAGUCGUGGAAAUGCUUUAAGUGCUGCUAUUGCUGUCAAUUGGAUCUUUGCUUUUUUAAUAACAGAACUAUUUGAAAUAACUGCUAAUUUAAUUAAUCCUUCCAUAUUGUUUACUACAUUUUCUAUAUGUUGUUUAAUAUCUAUGGGUUAUGUUCAUAAAUAUAUACCAGAAACUAGUGAUGAAACAAUUGGAUCAACAUCAGAUAUAAUUUCAUCAUUAUCAUGUAAAUCACAAUUACGUGUUUAAUAUGAAAGUAUUUUCUAUAAUUUCUAAUAUCUACACUUAUUAUUACUGUGUUUACUAUUUGUCUGCCUGGAACCCAUAUUUUUUUCAUUUUGUUUUUGGAAGAGUCAAGUCUUUCUUGAUUUGUGUUUUUUUUUUCGUUCACAGUUUGUGUUCUCGUUUUUUUUUCUAGGUGUAUAUGUUUUAUUCAAAAAAGAUUAACAUUUCCAUUUCUACUUAAACACACUAUUUAUGUUUCAUUAUGUUGCAUAAGUCCACUUUUCUUUCUUUUUUUGUGGUAGAUCAUGAAAAUGUCAAUAUUUUGUUUUUAAUGUUUUGUCUUUUCUAUGCUCUUUUUUUUCUCUCAUUUUGUUUGUUUUUCUUUUUUUUUAAUUACAAAUGUUACAUAAUAUUUGUUAUGAUGGUUUUUUGAUUUUUUUUUUCAUUGAGUGAUUGAAAUAUCAUUCGUUGAUAUGGUUUUUCAAGUUGGUUUGGUUACCUAGACACCUAGGUAAAAAUGGUGAAAGACUUUUUUUAUUAGUAUUAAUAUUAUUGAUAUUAUUUGUCAUUGUUGUCAUAGGUGAUAUUUAUUCUUUUGUUUUUAUCGGUUCAUCUUUUUGUUACUGAUGAUUGCUCCUUAGUUUAUUUUAUAAUCUUCAUAAUUUGUACAUGAAAUAAGAACUGAGAGUUCUUCAAGUGGUACAAAUUGAAUAUGACAUGUAUUAAUUUCUUUUCAGUGGGAUAUUGGUUAGUUGUUCUAAUUUCAUUUUUACGUAAUAAUGGUCUAAAAACAAAAUUGCAGUAGAGAAAUUCUUUUCAAUG